AUGAAUAACGAGAGACGUUAUUGGAUCGACGAGCGAAUUUCUAACGAGAAGAAAUAUUUUGAAGAAAGAAACAAAAAUAAACAGGAGCAACAGGAUAUAACAUCUUCAAAUGAUGAUUGGAGAUCUUUAAAUACGGAUGUACUUGUAGAUAGUCCUCGUAUGCCUUUGUUUAACGCAAGUCCCUCUCUAACUACCGAAAGUCUUGUUAAUGAAACUAAUUCAACGAAAAGUUAUGACACAUUGAUCGAGAAUCUUGCUUUAAAAACCUCAUUUCUGGCGAGCGAUAAUGAAUCACAAGGAAGUGGUUAUCUAAAGCUAGCCGUUACAUCCCAUCGCGAAGACAAAAAUGACAGCGUUGAGCCGUUGUUUUCUGGUUAUAAUGAAACCAGAUCGUGCUCAAGAGCAGAUAACAUUGAUGCGUUUCCUCGAUUUUAUACCUCAGAGGAAUCUCGACCGAUAAAACCUUUUACAAAUAAUCACCUGAUAAAUGACAUCACCAAUGAAGAAGAUCGUUUCUCCAUAAGUGAUGAUGGUUUUGCAGAAAGAUCUGUUGAGUCUUUAAAGACAGCCACAUUGACAAAUAAUCAGCUUAUAAAAGAAGAUCGUUCCUCGAUAAGUGAAGAUAGUUUUGCAGAAAGAUCUGUUGAGUCAUUAAAGACAGCCACAUUGACAAAUAAUCAGCUUAUAAAUGAACAUCGUUCCUCGAUAAGUGAAGAUGGCUUUGCAAAAAGACCUGUUGAGUCUUUAAAGACAGCCACAUUGACCAAUAAUCAGCUUAUAAAGAAGAUCGUUCCUCGAUAAGUGAAGAUAGUUUUGCAGAAAGACCUGUCGAGACUUUAAAGAAAAUGCUGUUUACAGCGCA